AUGACUACUGAACCAACAGAAUCAGCUACAGUAGAAUCAGUAAUUGACUCAAUAAAAUCCCAAAAGUUAUCAAAAGAAAAUGCUGAAAAGUUAUUAAUCUUAAUUGAAUUAUUACCACAAAUUUUAUCAGAAUUAAAUAAUCCAGACUACGAUGAAAUAUUCGGGUACAGAAUCAACACUAAUGAAAAACCACACGUGAACGUCCCAGUAAGAAAUGAAAUAUUACUAAAAUAUCUAGCAGCUGAUAAAUAUGAUUUAGAAUUAGCUAAAAAGAGAAUUAUCAACUGUUUAAAUUGGAGAAAUAAAUUUCAACCAUUACAUGCAGCAUUUGAAGAAAAAUUUGAUUCAGAAUUAAAUGAGUUGGGUGUAAUUACUAACUUUAACAAUACUGGGGCAAAUUUAAAAAUCAUUACUUGGAAUCUUUAUGGUAAUCUCAAAAAUCCCAAGAAAAUAUUUGAAAAAUUCGGUGGUAACUCAAUUAAAGAAUUACCAGGAAGUCAGUUCUUGAGGUGGAGAAUAGGAUUAAUGGAAAAAUCACUCCAGUUGGUUGAUUUCACUGAUCCAAAAAAUAAUAAGAUUGGACAAAUUCAUGAUUAUAAUAAUAUAUCAAUGUUUAAAAUUGAUCCUGGACAAAAACAAUCUACAAAGGAAAUUAUAGAAAUAUUCGGAUCAAAUUAUCCUGAACUUUUAAGUACUAAAUUUUUUAUAAAUGUACCGUUAAUUAUGGGUUGGGUUUUUACUUUUUUCAAAACUAUUAGAAUUAUAAAUGAAGAAACUUUAAAAAAAUUUCAAGUUUUAAAUAAUGGGAAUCUUACUGAAUUUUUACCUUCAAAUGAAUUACCUAAAUCUUAUGGUGGAAGUAGUGGAAAAUCUAUAUUUGAUUUAGAUAUUAGUAAUAGUAUUAAAUUAAAUGAUUAUGGUGAAAUAAUAUUGAAAAAAAUUGGUGAUGAUGAAAUUGAACAUAAUAAUGAUGAUGUUGAAUAG